CCAUCAUGUGGGCCGAUUCUGCAAUGGUUGCGACGGCGCCUCGGAUGAGUGUUGUGCCCCAGCAGGUUCCGUUGGUUCGGUCGGCGUCAUGGUCCGGUCAUCGAACGGCGUCGCGCUUGCCGCGGUCACGGGGUGCACUACCAGGCUGGCCAGGGGCAUACCUUUCUGCUGCGCUGUUCCUGCCAGGCGCUGUGCGACGGUGUUGGGCUCGAUGUCAGAUGUUCAGGCCAAGCAGUACCAAGCGGAUUGGCUUGAAAGCACGGCGAGGUCCAGCACGGUCUGGUGAGGCAGAUGACUACUUCAAACCCCUGGUCGAGGGAGAUGUGCUCUCCGCCUCUAUGCCUCAGCGGUGUAUUGUGGCCCUGAUGUUUGUGCUGCUGCUGUUGGGCUUUGUGAAGGUCUCGAUGUUGGUGUCUGCCUUGCCACUGCCACAGGUGUUCUUCUACUCCUGUGUGGCCAUCCUUGCUGGCAUGGAGUUUGCAGAUUUCGGCACGGGUGUGUACCACUUCUCCGUAGACAACUACGGCAGUGCAAAGACGCCCGUGGUUGGCUCUCAGAUCGAGGCUUUUCAAGGCCAUCACGAGGAGCCAUGGACGAUCACCUACAGGGAUUUCUGCAACAAUUGCUUUCCGACCUGCGUGGCCACCAUGCCAUUUCUGGUGGCCUUCGAAAUCUUCUGCAGCGCACCCUUUGUCCUCUUGUGGGCCGUUGUGGCUUGCGCGGGCAUUGCCUUUUGCCAGGAGUUCCACAAGUGGAGCCACACCUUGCGUUCUCAGUGCCAUCCUGUGGUGAACUGGUUGCAAGACCGUGGAAUCUUGGUGCACCGCAGCGCGCAUUUGCGGCAUCAUAAGCCGCCCUUCGAAACGAAUUACUGCAUCGUGACGGGCCACAUGAAUCCAAUCUUGGACAGGAGUGGUUUCUUCACGCGGCUUGCUGACAUCAUCGCACGCUUCACAGGCGUCAGACCCAGAUGUGAAACCGGGGAUAGAUUUGCAUACCUCUUGGAUCGUAGGCAAAAGGAUUGAUUGCGGUGCCUCCUCGGGUGAUUAUGAC